AUGGCUUGCACUAAGCUUGUCUCCCUCAGCUUGAUUUUCCUCUUCAGCAUUGGAUUAGCAAGCGCUGCCAGGGUAGUAAGAUACUCUAGUUCUCAGGGAACCGGCUCCGGAGCGGGAGAGGGUGGUGGGGCCGUGAAUGGAGGCGGUGGAGGAGCCGGGAGUGGUCAGGGAGCUGCCCAGAGUGGAAGUGGUGGAGUCAGUGCAAGUGCUUCCGGCGGCGGUGGCGGCGGUGGUUAUUCACAGGAUGGAGGUACUGGGUUUGGGCGUGGGGGCGGAACUGGCUCAAGCUCUGGCCAAAUGAGCCAAUCUUAUGGUGGUUAUGGCGGAAGUUCAGAUGCUGGUGGUCAGGGUGGCGGCGGCGGCGGUGGCAGCAGCGGUGGAGAAGAUGACGAUUGCCCUGCUGAUGACUCGGCUGGUUAUGGGACGGGUGAUGGCACCGGAUCUGGCUCAAGCGAAGCAGAUAACAGUGGUGGCACGUCAUACUCAAACGCAAAUGCUUCAGGUAACGGUGGUGGCUCGGGCGGCGGUAAAAAUGGUGGAACCGGUGGUGGUGCAGGAAAUGGCAACGGUUACGGCAAUGCAAAUCCUUAA